CUGCGUCACUAGGUAUUUACACGGAAGUGAGCAUCACAUGUAGCGGCUCAUGCCUUCUCGUUCUUGUGGCUACAGAAAAGAUGGAAGAGAGAAAAAAUAAGCAAACCAGCACUUCACAAGAAUUACUUUCAUGUGGCAAUGGAGCAGCUAUCCAUGAUAAACUGCUGUUGAAAUCCAAAGUGCCUAACGGUGGUGGACCGUCCUCUCUGCAGACCACCAGACUUCCCAGAAGUAGCGUUUUGGACAGACUCCAGAGUUUUCUACCACAGAUUGCUCAGGCUAAUGAGUCCUUGAAACAGCAGAUGGAAUCAGUUCCUGCGGGUCACUUUGACAUAGAAAACACCGACGAUACUGAAAAAGUAAUUGAAAUGGAUGUAGCACUUGUUGAACUGGAUGACUCGGACAGCGAUGCUGAAUCAUCGGAGGCUGACAGCUCUGAGGACUCUUCGGCCAGUGAGCCGGAAGAGAAGCUCAAACUACCCGGGGACUGUAAGAGAAAAAGAAGAGCCAACAUUGAGGUUCUCGAGAAGGAUGGAGUGUAGUUUAACACACAGCCUUUCUCUUUGAGCACAAGACUCUGCAGUGUAACAUGGGUGCUGAGACAUCUGCAGGGCUGGAGGUCUUUUGCAGCCAAUUUAGAUUUUGUCACAGUUUGAGACCUGUAUUUGUUCAUCAUGAGUUGAAUUCAUGUGAAGGGGACUUCAUUUGAAGUUUGCACAGCGGAGAGGAUGUGAGCUUUUGAAGCUGAUGUGAGAUUUUACCUGAACAGGGAGGGUAAGUUUUCUCUCAUUGGAAUCUGCAAGGGACUGUCUCUGUCCUGUGUUGCAGAGGCGGACUCUGUCACAGCAACAAUGGAUAUAUAUCGGUCAAGAGGAUGGAACAUUAUACACUCUUCUAUAAUAAGGCUAUUCACCAUAUUUUUACCGCCUUUUUUUUAGAUCAAGUCAUAGUUUUAGUUGCACGUUUUAUCAUGGUGCUAUUUAGUUCAAGAAAUGUUCCUGGUAAACCCUGCUAUAUUCAGGAUCUGUCCCCAAAUGCUUACUUUCAUUAAAAAAGUGAAUAUGUAAAGGUA